AUGGAUAAGAUUGAUGAAAAAGAAGCAUCUAAACAGGACGUUUUAUCUCAAGAAGAAAUGGAUAAGAUUGAUGAUAAAUUCGAAGAUUUGACGUCCAGUGACAUUCAAUGUGUUCUAGGCCGGCUACACAUGUUUUUGUGGCCCGGCAGCAAGUGGCAGCAACCAGAUUUGAAGCAACUGUUCGGAGGAGACAAAACGCAGAUAAAAAGGAUUUACCCCAAGGCAUUGCUUUAUCUUCAUCCAGACAAACAUGCUGGUGCUUCUGCAGAACAAAAAUACUGGACACAACAGAUAUUCAAAAUAGUUCAGGGGAAAUGAGAGGAGUACGACAACGAAAAAUGAAUUUGGAUGAUGCUGAACUGUAUCUUUUCAUUUGAAUAUUUUGACUCACUUCUCUAUUGCUUUAUAUUGUCUUUAAGGAUUUGUGGUUUUGUGCUAAAUGGAUUGACUGGACUAUGUUUUGUGUGUCAUCGAUCACCUAUUUUGUGUUUCUAAAUGGUCAACAGUUUGGUUUCACAAUCCACUAACCGUGGUCAACACUCUACUUCAUUUCUA